UCCUCACACCAGUUGACGGUUAUUAUUAUUAUUAUUGUAAAUUUUCGGACGGCAACGUUUUUACAAAUGCGAUUUGAGAACUACCAUUGUGCAUAACAUGAAUUUAUCGCUCGUGACAAACGCCAGUGCCAACACCACGUUGCAGUUGGACGACUACGAUUAUAGCUACGAGAACAGGCCUGAGACUUAUAUCGUGCCCGUUCUGUUUGCCCUUAUUUUCGUCAUCGGCACCAUCGGAAACGGCACGCUGGUUAUGAUUUUUGUACGGCACAAACACAUGAGAAAUGUGCCCAACAUGUACAUCCUGAGCUUAGCCCUUGGCGACCUGCUGGUGAUUGCCACCAGCGUUCCGUUCACUUCCACUGUUUAUACGGUGCCGUCUUGGCCGUACGGUCUGGUCGUCUGCAAGCUUUCCGAGGUGGCCAAGGACGUGUCCACCGGUGUGUCGGUGUUCACACUGACCGCGCUGAGUGCCGACCGUUACUUCGCCAUCGUCAAUCCGAUGCGCAAACUACACGCUUCGAUGGGCGGUCGAUUUGCCACCAGGUUCACCGUGACCGUGGCCGUGGCCAUCUGGGCGCUGGCAAUAGCGUGCGCCACGCCGGAUGCCGUGUUCUCGUACAUCCGACAAUUCCGGGUGCACAACGUCACCCUGUUCGAGGCCUGUUACCCGUACCCGGAAGAACUGGGCCCCGUGUACCCUAGGGUAAUGGUGCUGGUCAAGUUCCUGGUCUAUUACGCCGUGCCGCUCACCGUGAUCGCAUGUUUCUACAUCAUGAUCGCCCGUCACCUGGUGAAGACCACAAAGAACAUGCCCGGCGAACUUCAGGGCCAAAUGCGUCAAGUGCGCGCCCGGAAAAAAGUGGCCAAAACCGUGUUGGCGUUUGCCUGGAUGUUCGCCAUUUGCUUUUUGCCCCAUCACGUUUUCAUGCUUUGGUUUUACAACAACCCCGGGUCGGCCGAGGAGUACAACACCUUCUGGCACGUGCUGCGCAUUGUGGGCUUCUGCAUGGGCUUCUUCAACUCCUGUAUCAAUCCCAUCGCGCUGUACAUAGUAAGUCACACGUUUCGCAAACAUUUCGACAAAUUACUGUUUUGGUGGUGGUGCCCGAUGCCCUCGAAGAGCACGGCGAUGGAGUCCAACGUUUUCGCCAGCAAAAAAAACGGAGCCCAAGGCCGAGAAUUGAAAGCCACCGAGUCGUCCACCAUAGCAGCGGUGCACAUGAUAACGCUGAAGAAAACCGAUGCUGUGAUUUACACGGUCAACGACAACGGUGGCAAUCCAGCAACCACAACCAUAUGACUGUGAAAACUUUGUGAUUAGAUCCAACGCAUUGGCCAUGUACAUUUUGUGUUUUUCCAAAAUUCAUAUUUAUAUACAGAAGGAUUUAUUAAUGGCAGGAGACCUAACCUAACCUAACCUAA